ACAGUAAAUGUGUGAAACAGUCUACUGCGUGUAGCAAAGACACAAACAUCAGGGUCACUCAGGGGCAAUUAGACAUCACCUGGAGGGAGGGAGGCGGUUAAAAAGAGAUGAGCUUUGAUGAUCCGAACAGCAUCCCCUCCUUCCCUUGUGUGCUUUCAUUUAAUUAAUUUCACAGGAAGGUUAACGCUGAUGGGUUAACUCACAAGCUGUCUCCCAAUGAAACUGCAAACCAAAUCUCAUGACUCAAGGCGCAGUGGCUCCUGUGGUUUUGAAAUUGUUUUUUUCUUCUUAUCUCAGAAGAGAACUGCCUUACGAAUGCAAGAAAUAUGACAACUAGUUAUUUCCUAUAAACCGUUUGCGUAAAUACCCUUUUUUUUUCUUACCUAAGCUAUCAGUAAGAUUAGAGAUAGCACAUAUAAAAACAUCCUACUGCUGCAGGUAGUAGCAUUGGCAUGCCUAUUUUACAGAGGGACUUGUGGCAAGCAGGUGUCAAGGGGAUCUGAGUCACUAAAGAUGGGAAACAAAAGGUUACAUUUUGGAAGAAAGCACGUCUAAAGUGAAUUCGAUCAAGCAUGCAGGACAUGUAGGGGGAAUACACAUCUGCUUCAAAGACAACAAAGGCCGGUGACAGUCGUGUGCAGAAUGCAGCCAAGCCAACAUGCCUGCGUAGCGUGUGGGGAACAGUCCAAACCAGCUGCUGCUUCUGGAAACUGACAAAACUGAACGCAACACAUUUAGCAGGAGCUUGCAUCCUUAUCUCUUUUUCUUUAACAAAACAUCUGCCCCGUCUCCCCCCCGACACAUUCCCUGCAGUUGCCAUGCUACAUCAUAGCAGGGAUCGCACACUCCGAAUUCAUUACAGCAUUGCUGGCAUUCUUGAGUUGUUUGAAUGAGACCAAGCUCUGUAGAAUACCACAGGACUCAGGAAUCCCAUGAUUUAAUAUCGCCUCGGUAUUCCGUCUGUCGGAAGCAGAAUGACAUUUCCUGGCUAUUUCUUUUUUUCUCUGUUCAGAACAGAAGCUGAUUUUCAAGAUGAUUUCCAACGACGAAACCCAUUGCCCUUUAUCAUUAUCUAGGUCUACCCUACUGGUCUGUCUCUCUCCCUUUAAUACUCAUCUACCUGCGUCUUUAUUCACAUCUAACAGUGAUCCAGAGACGCUUCAUUUUUUACAACCAAAUGACAUUUAGGUCCCGAUCAGAUAGCUACACACUCAUCUACAUUUCCGUUUCAGCUCUUCCAUUAUUCAAACUCGUGUUAUAGACUUCUUAUACUUUGAUAGGAGCAAAACACACACCUUGUAACUAAAGACAUCGCUGGGUUAGGUCAGAUUGGGGGAAAACGAGAGACAGCUGCCUCUCCCUCAUUUAGGCGUACACACACACACCACCCCUCCCAAAGCAACAUCUAUUCUUGCCCCUCUGUAUGGUCAGCACUGGUUCAGAAUUUACCAGGACUGAAAAACUACCCUUGAAGAGCAGAGAAUGUCAGCUGUUUGUGGAAAGUGGUUUGUACAGGUGCUGUGAGGCAGCGCUGUUAAAAAUAAACCAGAGGGGUUGAAAGUUGUAGACCCAUGCUUCUCAGAUUGCGUUACAAGAACAUGGCUACUCUGGUGAUCCGAGUGUAAGCAAGUGGGGUGAAAACACUGUGCUGCAGGAGCCAGGCUGCAUGCUGCUGAGGGGGGCCACAGCCAUUCCUCAACACUCAGGUGUUCAUCGGGGACGUCCUGCUGACCCCUGUGGGUGUGGCUAGGUGCUUGUCCAAGCAGGUGUGAUCUUCUUGUACUCCACCGUGGCUGCCUUGGAAAAUGCGGUUGAGAAAGAGGCGUAUGAAUCGAUCUGUAAAAACAAAAUUCAUUAGGGCUGUAUGACAACGCAAACUGCAAACUGGGUGGGUUUGCAAGAGAGCGUGCCAUGACUUACUGGCUCAUGAAACAGACCUCUGUUGAAAUGGGAUCCCCCUCCCCAACACACACUCUUUAAUGAAGUCCAUAGAUUGUGUAACCCUUUCCACCCACCCCUCCAUAUGACUUGCCUUUCAUCGCUUGGUUGGUGAGUUCCGCUGCUCAUUAUAAUGUACUGAGCGGAGACUUCGUUUUCAUUGAUGUCUCUGCAGACAGAGGGAGUCUCUCGCCUCCUGUGCGUGGAUUAAAACACGCCUGCCUGGGGAUUUCAGCAGGGCUCAGACACAGCAGAGUGUACCGGUGAUUAGAGACACAGUAAUAGCUUGUAAAAACGCUGGAUUCUUGUAGAUGCUACCAAUUUACACGUACCCGCUCCGCCCGGGAGGAGUAACUUAGCUGGGGGGCGUGUUUCAUCAAGCAACCGCUAAGCGUCUGUCGAACCAAUUCUACUGUACCAAAGAAAAGCACCACCAGCCACCAGCGACGGCUGGAACGGGACGAUGUGAACCUCACCUAAAUACUGCACGUUAAUACGGGACGUUCUGCAUCGUUCACAAAACUGGCCUUUCAACUAACUGAUGGUGUCGGUAGGUGCUCAGGAGCUGUGAAUCAUGGGACGCAGCUGUGAGGAGAGGAGAAGGAGCCCCCAUUAGAACACUCCUCCAUCGCCCCCAAUGGCCAACCACCUGGAUCUGCUGAGUGAGCUGCACUACUUGGAGAAGGCGCCCAGCCUGGAGCGUCUGCGGACCGCCCAGAAACGACGCAACCAGCAGCUGAAGAAAUGGGCCCAGUACGAGAAGGAGAUGCAGAGCAAGAAGCGCAAGGCGGACAGGAAGAGGAACGCACCGCAGCUCCCCCGCAAGAGGGUCUCCUUCACGGCCAGCGUGGCCCUGCUGGAGGCUUCAACCAGGAGCGACGCCGAAGAAGUGCGUUACUUACUGAGGAACAACGUGGAUCCCAAUCUCUGCAAUGAUGAUGGCUUGACUGCCCUGCAUCAGUGCUGCAUAGAUAACUACGAAGAGAUCGCCAAGAUCCUCCUGAACCGCGGGGCCAACGUCAACGCGCGGGACAACGAGCUGUGGACCCCCCUCCACGCCGCGGCCACGUGCGGCCACGCCAGCCUGGUCAAGGUCCUCAUCCAGCAGGGCGCUGACCUGUUGGCGGUGAACUCGGAUGGCAACAUGCCCUACGACCUGUGUGAGGAUGACCCCACCCUUGAUAUCAUCGAGAUGGCCAUGGCCAAUCGAGGGAUCACCCAGGAAAUGAUCAACGAGAUGCGAGUGGCGGUGGAGAAGCGCAUGAUCUCAGACAUCCAGGAGCUGCUGCAGAGCCGUCAGGACCUGGGCAAAACAGACGAGCAGGGGGCCACACUGCUCCACAUCGCUGCAGCAAAUGGCUACAUCCAGGCCGCAGAACUCCUCUUGGAGCAGGGAGCCCGGGUGGAUAUCAGAGACAUCGACGGGUGGCUGCCACUCCAUGCUGCAGCCUGCUGGGGGCAGAUACAGGUGGCUGAGUUGCUGGUUUCCCAUGGAGCCAGUCUGAAUGCCAAAACCUACCUGCAUGAGACUCCUAUCGACCUGUGUGAGGACGAGGAGUUCAAAGCCAUGCUGCUGGAUCUCAAGCACAAGCAUGACAUCAUCAUGAAGUCCCAGCUCACACACAAGACUUCCCUGUGUAGGAGGACCUCCAGUACGGGCAGCCGGGGGAAGGUGGUGCGCAGGGCCAGUGUCUCCGAUCGCAACAAUCGCUACAGAAAGGAGUAUGAGACCGAGGCCAUCGUGUGGCUGGGGGGGAAGAAGCCGGAGGAGAGGGAGGGGGACGAGCGGGAGAGAGAGUCCAAUCAGGAGAACACUGUUCCGCAGAAAGCAACACCAGAGAAGUCCAGGAGCUCCAAGCCAGCCAAGGAGCAGAAACCCGCUGGCAGCACUCAGAACGGGAAGAUCUCCUUAUCCAGCACAGCCACAACCCCCCCUUGCAAUGGAGAUGCCCCGAGGAGCCCCUCGACCCCAGAGACCCCCAGCUCCCUCACAGACCCCUGGGCUGCCUACAGCGAGCGGGGCCACCAGACCCUGGCGGAGCUGAAGAGACAGAGAGCCGCCACCAAGCUGCUCAGUCACCCGUUGCUCAACGGUCACCUCGCCAACGGGACCGGCCCGGCUGAGACACGCCUGCCCCUGGUCUCCUCCAACGGGAGCUCGGUUUAUUACACAGUAACCAGCGGGGACCCGCCCCUUCUGAGGCUGAAGCAGCCAGUGGAGGAGAUCAACGAGAAGGCGCAGGGCUGCUGUACCAUUUCAUAGCGGUUAGCUUGUGGGUUAGGGGAUUCCAAGUGAUGUCACACAAGGGGGCGGGGCAAGCAGAGAUUCUGUACAGGGUCUGAAGCAAGUCACACUGCAGGUGAUUGUCUGGUCAUUCUCCUUAAAGAACACUGCAGGUUUGAGGAUGGGUAGUUGAUGGGAGCUGAGGUAAGAACAAUGAGGAUACCACUGUAGAGCACUGUAGCUGUGAGUCCUCCAAAGUGAACGAAGACUCCCCUUCACCUAGUGACCACCGCAAGAGAGAAACCUGCUGUCUGUCACUGGGGUUGAUAUGUAGAAUACAGGGAUUCCAUUACUUCAUUCUCAGCUUCGGUGAGGUUUCAAAGCAGAAAACGUGCCAAUGAAUUCAAUUAUUCAUAGAGCAGCGUGUCUGAGAAACCAAAGGAUUUAGAGACGCAGAGCUAAGACCAAGCUUUACCUGAUCUGAAUCCCAGCUGGAAGACAAAUACACAUUUAUUGUCUGUGCUUCAGAAAUGAUGUAUUAAGAAAAAAAUGAUUCUCAUGUGACUGGACACAGCAAUGGACUGGAAAUGUUACAUUUUGAAGCCUGGUCUUUUCUCUCUUUCAACCAUACAGGCCAUGCUAUUGGUGCUUGCUGCCAUGACAACAGCAGGUAGGUGGGGAGUAAAGACACUCAGACACUGGCAGAGAACAUGAGCUGGCACUCUAACCGCUGAGCCACGUGUAUAAAUUGUAAAUCAUACUGUGCAAAGCUGUAAAUAUGUUAUUAUUUUUUAAUGUAAAUGCUUAAAUUAUCUGUAGUUUACCACAACUGAUAAUAUUUUCGAUCUAUAUUUGUAUUAUUAAAUUAAAUAUUUUGUAAAUAUAUCUAUCUAUCUAUAUCUAUAUAUAUCUAUGUAUAUGUAUAUGUCUCUAGUGUUACAGACAGUGUAAGGUCAGUAGUGCAGUUGUGCUGAAAGCCCCCUCCUAGCGCUGAAGCACAGGGAUCAGUGUUAGCGUGCUGUACUACUGUAAAUAGAUACCGCACUGCACAGAACUAUAUUUACUCCUGCAUACGCUAGGCUAAGCCAGUAAGCUCUUAUGAAAUGACAAUGCUUCUCUUCAUCAAUACUUUUAGAGAUGUGUAAGAGGUGCAGCGUUAUAUGGACCCAAUGUUAUCUACAGAACUGGUCAGCUACCCCCUGCAGUUGCAGCUGAGGGACGCCCAUCAUCAUGCAUGGACAAUGUGUCCUCCGUGACCAUGGACAACUGACUGCACACCUUCAGUAGCAAAAGUUACUGACCAUAGGGGAGCAAGGACGACCCUUUCAUUUCUCAUGCUAUGAGAGUGUUGGGGUUCUGUUGGAACUGCAGACAAACCCUGGGCACAGAUCAAAAGGGACAGCCGCAGGGAUAAGCAGGAACAACAUCUGUGUCGCUGUGUGACAUUUAAACAAACUGUACUCGCACACAGUGGAGGAAGCCUGAGCCCGCAGCGUGCCACUUCAAAGCAGUCAGGGGGCAGUACGUCCUUUAAACGGAGGGUUAAAAGCAAAUUACAUGUUUUAAACGGCGUUAUCAAAACGUGGAGCAAGUAAGUUAGAGGCUGUGUUUGAGCCUCUUGUUGGUUCAGUUUGUGUUUCAUAAACCACAGACAUAUCGGCUAGCCUCUUUAUUUCAAGGAAUCCACGUUCCAUUCCAGAACAUUCUAUCAGUUCUAAAGAGAACGCUGAAAUUAGGAGAGGCAUUCCAGGGCAUCUUAACCAAGCAGGACCAAGAGGAGGAACAGCUGUAUUGCAACUGAGUAGUGUAAUAAAAAUACUGGUAGGUUCAUUGAUGACAGUGCCAUAGCAGGUAAUUAUUUUACAGUGAUCAGUGCAAUGUGUUUCUACCCAGAUUUCAUACCAUGUGCUUUUUAACACUGAUGUGAAGGUAGUGUGAGGGUUGCCACUUGCAGAGUCUAUCCUGGUUCUUGUGCACUCUGGUAUAUGAGGCUGAUUAAAGUGACAGAGAGGAGAUGGUAUUCUCUAAUGAAAAAAAAAGAGACAAACUACUGAUUUUGUAAGUACUGGCAAAAUAUUGAUGGUUGUAUCAACAGGUUUUAAAUAAAUUGUAUAUUUUGUUCAGAU